UAAUAAGUUUUAAAAUAUGUCAUUGAACAGCAACAUUUAUUAGUAUGUAUAACAAUCAUUUCACUACAUAAUUUUUAAAUUAUCAGCUAUUUAUAUUUGAAAACCAGUUAGAGAAAAUAGUUUUUCAGUCAUGUUAUUAGCUAACUGUUAAGAAUAAUAGUUAGCAGUUAUGUGGUAGAUAAUUAAAUGUUGUUCUAUUUUAAUUUUAAUGUUAGUAUUCUAUACAACAAUGACAAAAACUAUGUUACGUUAGUUAAGACAUAUUUUAGAGCUGAACCAAGUUGUUUUUGAAUUAUGACAAUGCGUUUUCUACUGCAAUUUAUUUCUUUGAAAAAGCCUUGUUCUUGCAAAAUGUAUCCUGAAUAUAGAAUAUGCUUCUCAGGAUAUUACCCUUCAAAUCCACCAUUAUUAUAUACACAGUUGUACAAAAAACAUCAAAUCUCUUCAAAUAUUUGCUUUAUAGAUGAUCAGACUAAAAAACGCCACUUAAAAAUAAAAAAUGCCAUUCAAGAUAAGAAAAUUAUUUUACAAAAAAUUCAAAACAAAAGCAAAUUUAUACUAAAUGAUAUAAAAAUGACUAAAAUAAAAGUUCACCAAACUAUAAAAGAAAAUAUAUGGACAAUACCAAACAUGUUGUGUAUGACUAGAAUAACAUUAAGCCCAUUUUUGGGUUAUUUGAUUGUAAAUGAAUACUUUGAAUAUGCACUUAGUUUUGUAGCCAUAGCUAGUUUAACUGAUUGGGUUGAUGGAUGGAUUGCUAGAAAAUUUAAAGGUCAAAAAUCAAAAUUGGGUAGUUUUCUAGAUCCAAUGGCUGAUAAAGUACUUGUAGGUACUAUGUUUCUAACAUUAACGUAUGUAAAUUUAAUACCACUUAGUCUAACAAGUCUUAUAAUAUUAAGAGAUUUACUAUUGAUUGGUGCUGCUUUUCAAAUUCGCUACAAAUCUAUAUCAAAACCAAGAACAUUGUACAAACUAUUUGAUGUAACAAGUUCUAAUGUUCAAUUAGCUCCAACAUACAUUAGUAAAGUUAAUACUACAGUUCAAUUAGUCAUGGUAUGCACUACUCUUGCUGCUCCAGUUUUUGAUUUUGUUGACCAUCCUUCGCUUAAAGUAUUGUGGUGGCUCACUACUGUAACUACUGUAUCAUCUGCUAUAAGCUAUAUAAUAAAUAGAAAAAAGACUUAUAAAAUAUUCAACAAGUAUAGAUAAAUAUUAUAAUUUUUUUUUUGUUAUUAUAAUUAUAAAAACUAGUUAAAAGUGUAUUGUAAAUUUUUGUAUUAUGUAUUUGUUGGAUCCUAUAAAGAUAUUGUAUAGUAAUAUAUUAAAAGAGUUAAGAAAAA